GGUCGCCGCCAGCCGCGGCUUCCCGCGCCGCUCGCGUCCAGACCCGGUCUCUGUCCUGGGUCCCCUGCGGGGUGACAGGUCCAAAGCGGGAUGCUAAGCUACAGGGAAAGCCAGUUUACGGAACCCCGUGUUUGAUGAGAGGGAGGAAGCGUUGUGGAAACCGCCAAGGGUCAAUCGCCAUCAUUCCACACACCUACCUACUCGGUGCCUAGGGUCCUGACGCUGUGUUUCAUACCAAGGACAGAAUUGUUCCGUUCUCACCUUUCCUGUGAAGAAUCGCUGGUUUUGAUAACUGCGGUACAAUGAAGGAGUGCCAGAAGGAUUGAUGCACACUGUUCAGAAACCCCACCGAGCCUCUCAACUCUAGUGUCAGCAAGGGUGAUUAAAGAAACGAUCCAAGUGUUUGAACAUGCAGUUUGAAACAGACACAUAAAAUAUGCUUAGUGUCCAAGCACUGUUUGACAUAUACAGCUUUUAUGGUAUCCAGAAAGUAUAUUAACAGCUUCCCUACCUUAGUCCUGUCUGUACGUAAGAUAGGAUUUUCUUUUGACUUGAAUGUAACAAUGCCCUUUAUAUUUCAGAUUUUAACAGGAGAUCCCAUUACUUCAUGCCUUUCUCCUUUAGUGCAUGACUUGAUUUGUAACCUUGGCUUUGAACUCAAAGAAAACUGUGAUAUCAAUAGCAUUGUAACUCAAAAUGGUGAAGUUCGCUGGAAAGCAAUUACAGACCGUGUGAGCUAUGCAGAAUCAGGGCAGAGUCUGGAUUACAGGAGAAGCGUGCGGCUGUUGGGUCCUAUCUGUGAGGCCAUCCAUCUGCAUAUCUCAUCUCUGACCAGGGCACAGUUUGAAAUUAAGUAUUCACCAUGGUUCCAGUGGACAGCCUAUCCAGAGCUGUUUCUUGAAAUAUUUGAUGCCUUGGAAAGCCUGUACCCUCCUGCCAUCUCCCUCAGCAUGAUGAAAUUGGCUUCCUGUCUGGAACGAGCCUUAGGCGAUGUAUUUUUACUGAUUGGGAAGGAGUGCCCCUUUCUUCUAAGAGAUCUUCUUGCAUCUGCAGAGCUUACUCAAGUCUUUGGACAUGCUGUGAUGGACGUACUGAAAGUCUUCAUUGGGUCUCCCUGUGGACUCAACCUGAGAAACAUCUUGUGGCAUGGCUUUGCUUCCCCUCAAGACAUUCCUCCAAAGUACUGUUCAGCUCUGUUGUUGUUGACAGCAGGACUAGGUCAGUUACUGAAGAGCUACCUUCACCAAGCAAAAGUCACACUGGCACAUCGGCCUUUUGUAACUCUUACAAACCUAGAGGAUGUGAUCGUCUUCCCUGGUGUUACUGAUGAGGUACUCUCAGCAUUAGAGAACGUGAUGAUGAAAUCUGCCUUCUUCUUAAAAACCAUGUUACCAUACUGGGAAAUGGCAGUGACCAAAUUCAAGGUGCACAGGUUUGCUGACUGCGCCAUGCUGUUGCUGUCACAGCUAGAAGCUGGACUCAGGAGAGUGUUUGCUGCAGUUAACAAAUGUCCUGAUAGACUCCUCACGGCCGAGUCAACAAUUCUAUAUACCACAUUUGAUGAAAUACUGGCAAAACACUUGAAUGAUGGUAGCAUCAACCAGCUUCCUCAUUUCCUCGGAGAGCCUGCCAUGGAAUUCUUGUGGGAUUUCCUGAACUAUCAGGAGGGUCCUCGUAUCCGGGAUCGUUUAAGCCAUGGGGAGAUCAGCUUACGUGAAUUUCCGAGAGAAGCAGCAAGCCAGCUGCUCACAUUCUCCCUGGUGCUUCUGCUCAGAUUCACUGAGGAAGACACAUUGUCAGAGCUGAAGGAGGAAGCAACAAUACAGUUGCUGGUUAGUCUUGCAGAAGGCUACAGAUCUCGCUGCCACCCAGCCUUCCAGCUUCAAAAACAGGUGCUGAGCUGUGAGAAAAGCCUCGGGAUGUGGCCUGUGUUGGCUUUGCCAGAAGAGCCUGGUCAGGAAGCAGCCAGAUUGGAAGGUAAUUCUGAAGCAUAUGCCUGCAACUCUUUAAUUAGCAAGAUUUUGUGUGAGCUCUGCCACCAUAUGCCUGGGAGUACCUGUGCUGUAAAUGGCUUGGAUGGUCUUCCCCCAGAGAAGUGGCCCCCGCUUCUCAAGGAACUCUGUAGCACACGCAUCCCCACCCUGUUUUGCCCCAGACUCAUUCUACAAGUUCUGGUUCUGCUCAGAGGCAUCAGCUCCCAGUGCCAGCGUGCAUCUGACCAAGUCAUUGCCUCUUUGCAACUGAGACACAGGCAGUGGGUGGAGCGAAGGCUGCGCUCCAGGCAGCGUCAGAACUAUCUGCGCAUGCUCAACAGUGUUAGACUUUUGUCUCCUGUGCUUUACCUGAUUUUGUUGCUCCUUGCACUGGAAUUGGUCAGCAUUCAUGCCGUCCAUAGUAAAAGUGCGCAGGAUCGUCAGCAGUAUCUGAGGUGUGGAAGACCUGGGGUAUGCACCUGUACCUGUGGGUUCUGUACUGGCUGGCCCAGUGUGGACGUCGGUAGAUGAUGCCUUCCUCUUGCAUGGGCUAGGAGAGAGAGAGAGAGUUCAGCAUCACGCGCUAUUUUAGACAGUUGUUAAUCCCUCAGAGCCCUGGGAGUUCUUCCCUAAGAACUGGAGAGAUGAUGUGACUCCCUUCUGCCUGCUUGGUUCCCUGUGAGGAGAGCAAUCUUUAUAACAGCCUAGGGCUAGGGCAUUUAGGGAUGUCUCUGGCUUGGGUUAUUAUGAAAAUGACAUUGUAGCACUAGAUUGUACAACUCUACUUCCUGUCUCUUCAGGCUAAUGGCACCUGGUCCACAGGCCACUCCUCUGCCCAGCAGUACUUUCCUCUGCUGAUGACCCUUUUCAUCCACCCCUCCCACCUUCUGAGCCUCCUCAAAUGACAGCAGAAUCAUCAUGGUCUCGGGGAUAUUUGAAGCCUCCCCUGAGGUGGUCAUACUCAGCAGCCACUGCCACCUCUAGGGUGCUCCCCACAGCAAGACGGGUAUUUGACUGGGAGGUUACACAGAUGGAACUGUCCCCAGGGUAGGAAGUCUGCUGAUGCAGAUUAGUGUCUCUGCACAGUAUGUGCUUAGCAACACAGAUAGAAACUCAGGCAAUGUCUCAGUUACUUUUCUGUUGCUAUAGAAAACAGCAUGACCGAGGCAACUUAUAAAGGAAAGUGUUCAAUUAGGCUUUUAGUUCCAGAGGGUCAGAGUCCAUGAUGGCUGAGGGAAAGCCUGGCAGCAAGAACAGCCAAGAGCUCGCAUCCCCAGUUGCCUGCAGGAGGCAGAGACAGCUCAUUCUAAAUGGCGCAUGUCUUUUUGAAGCCUCAAAGCUUGACCACAUUGAUAUACCCCUCCUCUAAUAAGGCCACACCUUUAAUCCUUCCCAAACAGUCCCAUUAAUCGAGGAUCGAGCGUUUAAACAGAUGAACCUAUGGGGCCAUUCUCAUUUAAACCACCAUAGGCAGCAAGAGCCUGCAUGCUGUGGGAUUACAUGGUUACUCCAUGUUGGGGCAUGUCUUCCUACAGUCCCAGGGCCCUGCUCAGUGAAUUACCUUCACCCCCUCAGUCCUCCUAAUGGCCACACACAAGACAUGGAUUCUAAGACAGGCAAUAUAAGCACCUGCCUGUGCCCUGGGAGAGACCCCCCCCCCAAGAGCUCGGUGUUCUAGAAGCAACGGUGGUCAUCUCCUGCAAGUGGCCUCAGGAGCAAACACACUGAAUGUGAAACAUCGUUGAGAAAGAAUGCCAUUUCACACCAAGAAAGUGGAAUGAAGGGGGAACUGGCCAUACAGGGAAGAAUCGGCCAGGAGAAAGGGAGGGGCAAGGCUGCCAAGGAGGGACCCACUCCAAGGAGGAGUCUUGCAAGGAGAAAAAUCUCUGGAACCUGAAAGCAUGGACCUCUAAAGUGGCUGGUUUUCACAGGCACACAUGUUUAAAAGCCAGGUUCCCUGGAGGCCACACGUAGUGCCCACAACCUCAUCUGGCUCAUGGUGACCCCUCACUUAGGGGUCAAAAGUUGUUUGUUUCCUGUUCGGUGGAAUGUGGGGAUAAAGGAAGACUCCAGAUUUUUGUCAGAGUUGGAGGGUUUUCAGAAAGGAAAUUUUUAUAAAUAGCGCUUUGAAAUUUAAAUGUCAAUACAUGUUCUUUAUUCUGACUAUUAUUAUGUAGAUUGAUGUUGGUGGUGGUUUCUUUACCUUGUAUGUAAAGAAUUUCGCUUACAUUUCUUUACAUUUAUAUCUGUACAUCAUGAUUUCUUUACAUUGAAAUGUGAGCAUGACAGAUUUAAGAAGGUCUUUGGUUAACCAUGCUGCCAGAGGAAGGCCAUAACUAAAAGAAGGAAGGAAGAAGGAAGGGAGAGAGGAAGAAGUACUGGCAAUGGUGUGGAGAAAUGUGGAGCCCUUGUGUACAGCCGGUGGGAAUGUGAAGCAGCACAGCCAUUGUGUGAAACGGCACAGGGGUUCCCAAAAGCUAAACAUAGAAUCUCCGUAUGACUCACCAAUUUCACUCCUAGGACAGAAAACUGAAAUUCAAACAAAGGUAUGCACAUAGACGCUCAUCUCAGCAUUGUCCUUAGAAGCCAACUGGGAAUACCCAAAUGUUCCUCAAUAGAUGAAUGGAACAGGAACAAGAGGCCUGUCCAUGCAAGGUGAUACAGCCAUGAAGGAGGACAGCCUGUGUGCAUGUGUGUGUGUGGUGUGUGUCACAGCAGACAUCAGGCUCUGUGAAAGGGGUCAAGCCAGACUAUGAUGUGUCCUCAGGAGGCACAUGUAUAGAGGUGUGGACAUCAGUGCUCACAGGACUGGAAGGGUAGGAGUGGGAAGAACGAGCUAGUGAAACUCAGGGUCACUUCCUGUGAUGGGAACAUUCCAGAUCUAGACAGAGGUGGGCCCUUCACACUGUGACCGUGUUCUUCAGUAAGGCUAAUUUCAGGGUGUAUACAUUUCUCCUCAGCAAGUUGUUAUCCUUUUUAAGAAUUUCCGGGUCAAGCCUCAGAUUGCUGCUCAUUCACAGUAGAACGGUUCGUCUGCCAAGACUCAAUGAGGUGGCAGUGGUAGUGUGCUCCUCUGCAGACGGAAGGAGAAUUCUCCUGAGAGUGGCUCAGAACAGUGGGUAAAAUGCAGACAUGAAGCACAGAUGUAGAUGGAAGUUGCCUAGCUCUUACCUGCCUGUUACUCAAGUCCCCAACAGGUCAUCUGUGUGCUACCCAAAAGAGGCUCCUCUGAUGCUCAGUGUUGAACUCAACUCAGGAAAUGGACCAACUAAUAGCAAAGACCUCUUCGGGCAGACGCAAAGGGGGAUUUUCUCUUUCUAACCACAGAGGUGGAACCUUGAGAUUGAGCGCCCAGGCUGCUUGCUGGUGUUAGCACAUCCUCACCUCUGCUGCCUCUUCCUCCACUCCUUUCCUCCCUCCAAACCCAUGCCACUUCCUCUCCUCCUGUGCCCCGCUCUGUGCUGGAGCUUGGCUAAACAUUAAUGCGGGGCUUGAUUAUACUAUUCGGUUAUGCCUAAUGAGUUGCCAUCUGGGGUGAAUAAUAAACUUCGUUUCUGACCACCUUCAGGCUGUGAAGACCUUGGAAUCCAGACGAGCACAGAACAGGAAGGGAUCCAAAAGAAGCGGGAAUACUAA